AUGAGUAGCAACACCCCAGACAAUAGAUCUGACCAGGUCAUGACUGGUGCAGAAGACCCACCCCCAAACCUGACGCCCUCGUCAACCCCGGCCGUGGAAUCCGAUGUUCCAUCACCCACAACCGCCACAGUUCCCAAGAAGACUGUGCCUUCAAUGCAGACCCCAGGCCAUCCCAGCUUCAGACGACAACGAGCAUCGCGUGCCUGUGAGACGUGCCAUGCUCGAAAGGUGCGAUGUGACGCCGCUAGUCUAGGUGUACCAUGCACCAAUUGCGUAGCUUUUUCGAUUGAAUGCAAAAUCCCAACGCCAAAACGGAAGAAGAACCAGUCAAAGGCAGCUAAGGAUGGGACCAGCGAUGAACGACCAGACUCCAGGAGCGGAGCCAAUGGUGAUAGCUCCAAGGUCUCUGGCAUAAACCCAGUAGAAGGCAUGCCCCAGACCACCUUGACGGAUGCCCAAGCAGCCCAGCAAGCUUCCCAAAAUGCCACGUACGCCCAGUUCAUGAAGCCAAAAUUCGCCCGCGCCCCGAUCAAAGAAGCUGGAAGGGUAGCAUAUCUAGGGGAAUCGUCAAACUUGUCCCUCCUCGUCCAUGACCGCUAUGGCACUACCGACGUCGUCCACUACCCGCUGCCGGAGGGAAUAAGAGGCUCGCGCGCACGGCUGACGGAGCUAGACAAUUUGGAAAUUGACAUUUUGCACCAGAGGGGCGCAUUCUUACUCCCUCCCCGAGCACUCUGUGAUGAGCUCGUCGAUGCAUAUUUCAAAUGGGUUGCGCCCGUCGUGCCCAUCAUAAAUCGAAGCCGGUUCAUGAGACAAUAUCGCGAUCCUAAGAACCCACCUUCCCUACUUCUCCUGCAAGCGAUUCUCUUGGCGGGAUCAAGGGUAUGCACAAACCCUCAGUUGAUGGAUGCCAAUGGCUCGACGACGCCUGCAGCUAUGACUUUCUAUAAACGAGCUAAAGCCCUAUAUGAUGCGAAUUAUGAAGAUGACCGUGUUACUAUAGUGCAAGCUUUGGUUUUGAUGGGAUGGUACUGGGAGGGCCCAGAGGAUGUCACCAAAAAUGUUUUCUACUGGAGUCGAGUUGCCACUGUUGUUGCGCAAGGAUCCGGAAUGCAUCGAAGCGUGGAAUCGUCCCAACUAAGCAGACCGGACAAACGUCUCUGGAAACGAAUCUGGUGGACCCUUUUCACUCGUGAUCGAUCCGUCGCCGUCGCCCUCGGCCGACCGGUAAACAUAAACACAGACGACUCUGAUGUCGAAAUGCUAACAGAGGAUGACUUCAUCGAGGACGAAGUCGACAGCGUGGCUGAGUACCCGCCCGACCCAAUCCAUGUCCAGUUUUUCCUCCAGUAUGUGAAACUCUGCGAGAUAAUGGGUCUGGUGUUGUCUCAGCAGUACUCGGUUGCUUCGAAGGCGCGGCGCACGAAUGCCAUCGAUCUGACGCAUAGCGAUAUGGCGUUGGCUGAUUGGCUUCAGAAUUGUCCGAAGGAAGUAUACUGGGAAAGGCCUAGACAUCAUUUUUGGUCCGCUUUGUUGCAUGCCAAUUACUACACAACAUUGUGUCUACUGCAUCGUGCACACAUGCCCCCAGCCACGUCAAUAUCUGGAAAUUACGGAUCGGACGGGAUGGCUUAUCCGUCCCGCACUAUUGCAUUCCAGGCCGCUGCCAUGAUUACAUCGAUCGUCGAAAAUUUGCAAGCACACGGCGAACUUAAAUAUACCCCGGCAUUUAUUGUAUAUAGCUUAUUCUCGGCCCUAAUCAUGCAUGUAUACCAAAUGCGCUCAUCCGUCCCGACAAUCGUCUCCACCAGUCAAGAGCGGAUCAAUAUAUGUAUGCAAGCCUUAAAGGAUGUCUCAAAAGUCUGGCUCGUCGCAAAAAUGGUCCACACCCUCUUCGAGUCUAUCCUCGGUAACAAAGCGCUCGAAGAACGCCUCCAGAAAGCGGCCGGCAAACGGCAUCAACGCACACGACGCGAUCAACCGCCCCCACCCACCGGCCCCGCAGCAAAACGGCCCUCAGAGCCCUCCAAACGCAAAUUUGACGACAUGGAAAUCACCCUCCCCAAUGGCCCUCCAGCCCCACAAGAAUCCUACGAGCGUUCUCGACCGCAGACACCUGCCGUUACACCGUCACGCGAAAUACCCCCAACACCGAUCAUCUCAAACAUGGGCGCCCCAAACCCCCACCAACCCGCCCAAGCUUCCCCACGCAUCCAACAACGACAGCAGCAACAACAGCAGCAACAGCAACGCGGUAUAACCCACGACGCCUUUCUAGGCGCUACAGGCAGUUCCGGCGGGAACACCCGGCCGACCUCCCCCUUCAACCCAUCCUUCAGCAUCCCCGCAACACCCCCCGACCUCUUCCUUGUCACCCGCAACUCCCCCAACAUCUCACAGUCACUCUGGGAAAACUUCCAGCCCGACCAGCUCUUCCCCGACGGCACAAAUAUGUCGUACACAGGCUUCUCCCCACCCGGUCCCGCGAUCGACCCACAACUCCAGCAGCAGAUGUCACAGCAACAGCAACAACAAGCAUCGAUGAUGAGUGGCAUGUCAGGCCCCAACGCCCCGGGUCUCAGUCCCUCUCAACAACACCCGCAAGUCGGACAGCAACAGCAGCAACAGCUACCCACGCGCGGCUUGCGCGAUAGCUCCACAAUGUCCAUGCAUAAUAUGCAUGGGAUGGGGCAGUCGAUGCAGCAGCAGCAGCAACAACAACAACAGCAACAGCAACAGCAGCAGCAGCAGCAACAGCAACAUCCGGGUGGAGGGGGGUGGACACCCAUGCAGACGCUGGAUUCUUCGAGUCAAGAUGAUAAUUGGAGCACGAGUUCGAGGGGGCAGAUGCCGAUUCCGCCGACGUUGAAUGUGGAGGAUUGGUUCCAGUUUUUCGGAAUAAAUGCUGGCGUAGGUGAUUUGGGAUAG